AUUCAUCUUUUCUAUCCCUGCACAGACGGACUGACUGGAGGAUAAUGAAAGUGCGUGUCUGAGGCAGGAAUAAGAAGAUACACACUUUGCAGACACUUGCAUUUUUUGGAUCCAACAAACUGAGUGCUGCAUUGGACCCGGGUCGGUGUGUUAAACAUGGGGGACCAGAAAUCAAUUCAGCCCUUCCUGCUCCUGCUGCUGAUGCUGAUGCUCCUCAACAGGCUGUCUCAGCUGUGGGCAUUUCCCUUCAGCCCAUCCCUGGACCUGGACGUCACUCCCAGGACGACUAUUUUUCAUAAAGGAAUGCUGAGCAGCAAUGGUUUCACGGGCUCAUCCCAGAACUACAGCACCUUGCUGCUAGAGGAGGAGACUGGGCGUCUCUACGUGGGAGGCAGAGGAGCUUUAUAUGCGCUGAACACCUCCAACAUCUCCACAUCGGCAAACCUCACUAUUGAUUGGAAUGCCAGCCCCGAACAGAAGAAGCAGUGUUUAAAUAAAGGCAGAAACAAUCAGACAGAAUGUCACAACCACAUCCGCUUUCUGCAGCGAUUCAAUGAAACCCACCUGUACGUCUGUGGAACAAAUGCCUUCAGACCUCUCUGUGUUUACAUAGAUACAGAGAGAUUUAACUUCUCGUCUGGUUUUGAGGAGGGAAGAGACAGAUGUCCAUAUGACCCAGCAAAGGGAUUCACUGGCCUCCUCAUUGAUGGUGAGAUGUUCACAGCCUCCCAGUACGAGUUUCGGAGCUCCCCAGACAUCCGCAGAAAUUUCCCCUUCCCCACUCUCAGGACAGAGGAGGCUCCAACCCGCUGGCUUCUGGAGGCAGACUUCGUGGGCUCUGUGCUGCUGAAGGAGAGCAUCAACAGCUCCAUAGGCGACGAUGACAAGAUUUACUUCUUCUUCACGGAGAGAAGCCAGGAGCAGGUCGCUUAUCCCAGCCAGACCAAGGUGUCUCGGGUCGCUCGAGUCUGCAAGAAUGACUGGGGUGGCCAGAGGACUCUGCAGCGGAAGUGGACCACCUUCCUUAAGGCCAGAAUGGUGUGUUCAGUCCCAGAAUAUGAGCUUCACCUCAAUGUCCUGCGGGAUGUGUUUGUCCUGCAGGGGAGAGACGUGCAAAGCAGCAUCUUUUAUGGCGUUUUUGGCUUGGAAUGGAAGAAUAUCAAAGCAUCCGCCAUCUGCCAAUACGCCUUCUCAGAUGUGCGCAGAGUGUUUGAAGGACCAUACAUGGAGGUGCAGGAUUCGAAGUGGAGGGAAUAUACAGGCAAGGUUCCGGAGCCGAGACCUGGUUCGUGCAUAACAGACGUACACAGGUCCCAGGGCAUAAACUCCUCUCGAGACCUCCCAGACAGCGUGCUCACGUUCGCCAGGAGGCACCCGCUGAUGGCUAAGCAGGUUCACCCAGUAGACCUGCGGCCGCUCAUGUUCAAGAGGAGCGUCAACUACGUCAAGAUCGCCGUGCACAAGGAGCCGGCGCUGGAUGAAAACCUUUACACUGUCUUGUUUCUGGGAACAGAUGACGGGUGGCUGCACAAAGCUGUGGAGGUCGACGGAGAGACGCAUAUCAUAGAGGAGCUCCAAAUAUUUGCCAAGCCACAGCCAAUAGAAAGCAUGGUGACAUCUGCAGUACAGAGGAGCAUCUACAUCGGCUCCCACUCUGGCGUGAUCCAGGUGCCAAUGUCCGCCUGUCAGAGAUACACUUCCUGCUAUGACUGCGUAUUUGCCAGAGACCCAUUCUGCGGCUGGGACGGGAGAGUGUGUGUGGAAAUAUCGUCACGUCCGCAGAGGUCAAACUUAACGCAGGACAUCUCUAGAGGAACCAGAGGCUGUAAAGAGAAUCCAGGAAAUGUGAUCCAUCGGAGACGGGCUGUGAUGUCGGGGGACGAUGUGUUGCUCCAGUGCGAGCUUCGCUCCAACCUGGCAACUCCGCGCUGGACCCUAAAUGGCAAGGAGCUCCAGGGAUACGGGUUGAGCACAGGCUACCGCGUUGGGACGGACGGGCUCCUUAUAAUAGGUGCUCGCACCCAGCAAGGUGGCUCGUAUCGCUGCUUCGCAGUGGAGAACGGGGUCUCGGUGCUGGUUUAUCUUUACACGGUGAAGGUUCACACAGAUCCAUACUUCCCAGUGGAGCCCACAGACUCCACAGAACCCACUACCGUCUCCAGCCCGGUGGUUUUCUCCACCGCCAGCCCCACUGAGCAGCCUCUGCCCUCGCCGCCAGCACCGCUGCCGCCAGGAGCCAAUUUCCAGACCUACAGACACAUGGAGGCCAUCUACAUAUCUCUGGUGGCGGUUCUGGGAGGGCUUUGCUUAGUGCUAACUGUGGUGCUGCUCUACGUAAGCUUCUGCACCAGACGGGAGAGUCGGAGUCGGAAGUUCUCCCAUCAGAACCUCCAUGUUCUUGGGUCCUCGGAUAGAAAGAGGAGCUCCCACCUGGAGCUCAAAACCAUCUCCAGCCACUGCAACGGACGCCAGGGCCGGCGCUCCAUCUCGGUGCCGACCUUCGGGGACUUCAACGACAGCUUCCUGCAGAUAAUCCCCGGCGACGACCAGAUGUCUCCGGCCAAAACGCCGCCGCCAGCUCCCCCUCUCCCCAACCCGCCUCCACUUCCGAACAUGGACUACGCCAACGGGCUGUCGGCCACGCUGCCCAGCGUUCUGAGGAAGAUGAACGGGAAUAGCUACGUGCUGCUGAGGCAGGCCGACCCCGAGGGCAUGUCACCGCUCUAUCACUCAUUCACGGAGGAGCUCAACCGGAUCCUGGAGCAGAGGAAACACACACAGCUGGACAUGCAUCCCGAUGAGAGCUCCAUCUAGGACGCUCCGGUCAAUAUUUUUGGUCCAACUUAUUUAUUUGUAACCCAAACGGAGAUGUUCAGUUGUGGGGAAAAGCUGAAAUUCAAACCAUGGAAGCUCCUGCGUCUGGAGAGCGUCCAUGAGUUCUCCUUGUGAUGGACCAAAAGAACCAGAGUGACUGAAACAAGCUUAGCGGCUGUGAAGAAUUUGCACUAAAAUAAAGCAAAUGGAUGCGGGACGAUGUCACCUCACUGGACUCUGCAGAGGUUUAGGGACGAUGGGAGUUGCAUUGCAAUGAAUCACUGGAUUUUUUUUUUUUUUUUUUAGAUUUUUGAGAAGUUUAAACAUUGUGUAUUAUUUAUUCUGAGUAGCACAAAGGGAUACUCUUCUCCAUAUGGAUGUUUAGAAAAAUAACGUCUUUGCUAGUUUGAAUACUGAGAACUGAGACCGUUGUACAAUGUGUUUUUUUGUUGUUGUUUUUUUUCUGUCUCGGCCACCUGGACGGCAGAAAGUGAGGUUGUUCGUAAAAGUAGAGGUUUCAAUUUUCCUGAUUUGGGGUAACAAUACUUAUUUAUGGCUGAAAUUUGGCGAAAGAUGUUUUUGAAACUUGUUUGUUACAGUACAACCACAAACUAUUGCAAGUAUUUUUGUUAUUUACCAAGACCAUAGCUAGAAUCUCCACAAUGUAGACUGAAGCCAUUGUGAAUUAGAAGGAAAGUGACAGGUUUUCCAUCCAAAGUGUUUUAGAAAUACAAUCUGAGAAGUGUGCCGUGCAUUUGUAUUCAGUUCUUAUGAGUCAAUACUACCUUUCGUAUAGCUACAGCUGCAAGUCUUCAGAGGUUUGCAUAUCUAGAGACUGAAACUAUCGACUAUUCUUCUUUCCUGCUGAAAAGUGAACCUUUGCCUCUGUCUCAAGUGUGUUGCGGCCUUUAACAGAUUUUCCUCUCUUGCCCUGUAUUUAGCUCCAUCCAAUCGUCCCAUUUAAAGUUUGAAAAUGCCUCUUCCUCCCUGCUAAAUAAAAGCAUUCCUACAGUAUGAUGCUGCCAGUGCCACCACAAUGCCGGGCCAAAAAUAUCAGUUUUGUCUGAAGUUUGAUGCAAGAGCACUGGAUUCUAGCCGUAUCAGAGUGAAGAGGAGGGAAUACUUUUGCUAACCAUCCUCACAGAGAGUCUUGUUUCCACCCGUCUUGUCAUUGUUCCCCACCGUUUCUUCUUCACCCCAUAGUGGACAGCACGCCCAAAUUACUUUAAAUGGUUGACCCUGGUUGGUUAAACUCAUCGGCCUUGUGUGCCUCCACUCCCUGCAUCAUCAUUGUUGCAUCAGUCCUGCUUUUACUAACUUUUUCUCUCCUCUCUGGACUCUCUUUUCACGUACACCCUACAUAAAAUCUGCUAAAAAAAAAUCCCUUUUUAUUUCUUAAGAACUAUAUUUUGUUCAGAUAUCGUCACUAAGAUGUUUCUUCCAGACUUUAGAACUUCCACAUUCUAUUAAGCUGCCGAACGAUGGUUUGAAGCAAAAACGGUACAUCAUUUUUUAAAAUCACCAUAAAUUGUGGAAAUGCAAUCGAAUUCAAACACAUAAAAGCUUUUGUGGAGAGCUGAGGUUUAAAUGAUUCUCCCAGCAUAUUUCCUGCUGUAGACGUCAGUUCACACUAUUUCUUAGUUAUUGUCAGGAAGUAUUGGAUCUCUGUUUUCCCACUCUGAAUGGAGGAAGAAAGGAAGCUUGGAGUCAAAGACGAAUCUGUGACACAACCACAAUGGAUAGUACAUUUUUUUGUGAAAUGAGCAUUGUGCUUGAAACAUCGCUUGAGAAAUAUUGUAUGAAACAUAUAUUUCUGUGUGUUCAUUUAAAACACUAUUUUGUCUUGUCUCUUGUUUAAACACUCGCUUCCCUUUUCCAGGCUCGAUAUAUUGCGUCUGUAAAAACAGCUGCAGCUGGGCUAUUGCUUGUUUCUUACUUUCCGCCAUUUAUGGGGGCCGGAGGAGGGGGGAAACAACAAAACAAAACUGCAUUUAAGGAAAUGUGCCGUGUGUGAAAGGAGGAGUCAGUAUUCAGCUGGAUUAACUGAUUUAUCUAAAUACUGCAGACGGACUUUGUGGCUUUUAAAAAGCACAGCACACCCUGAAGGAAAAUAGAUAAAAUACAGUAAAUAUGUUUCUUAUUCAUGACUAUGACUCCUCCCACAUUUAAACUGCAGGCAACUUUUGCCUCCAUUUCUCUGCACACUUACAUGCCAGCAUUCAUAUAUACACAGAGCAUAAUAGUCACAUGGCAGCAGGUGCAAUCUCACAAUUACAUAUACACAAGGAGCAUCAGCAGCUGAGAAACAAUUUUACAUGUUAAUAUUGUUAAUUUAUAUUUUGUUAUAAUUUAGUAACUAUUUUUUUAAUUUUUUACAUGUUUUCGUUUUUGUCUUGUUCUGUUUAUCACUAUUGUAAUCAUUUCUGCAAUUACCUCAGCCCCUUUAGUUUUUUUCCUCCAUGUCCCUGCCAUCUUUGUCUUUUUAGCAAAAAUGUAAUGACAUCACAGAAGAAAAUAGUUAUUUGGCUGUUUCAGAAUCAAAGAAUGUCUGUUUUACCCUGAAACCGGUACAAAUAGAGUAUUAGCACAUCAGUUUGUCCUCUGCAGUAAGAAUAGAGAGAGAGAGAGAGAAAAAUCUGCAGGUGGCAAAAUUUUAGACCGGACAUGCAGUGUGAUGCCAAAAAACAACCAAAAGCUGCAGAGCUCACAGUAUUUCCAUGGCAAGGUGAGCAUCCCUGUGAUUAAAUACAGACUGUAUAAUAUACGAUGACUGAAAUGAAUCUGUGAGCAGUUUGUAAACAUGUCACAGUCGUUCGUGAACAAAUGUCUGUCUUCCCAGGAAGGUGUCGAGUCAGCUCUUGCGGCUCAGCAGCAGGCAGGCCUGUCUCGUGGCUUGCAGUGCAUAAGUCAGAGCAGCGCAGCGUGGCUCACCUUCACGAAGAGAGGGCAGGAGCAUUUAGGCUUCCUGUGUUCCUGCCGUCUCUGCAGGCUGAUGCAGCCUUUUAGGGUACAAGACCACUUGGUCUUUGUGCACAGAUUUUAUUUUCUUUGCUUGUCAAUUCAAGCCUCACUCAGUUGCUUUGUGCAACAUUGGAGCAUUUCUUAACGUUAUCUACAAAAUCCGAGUUAAUCCGUUGAAUAAUUCUUUACAGUGAUUGAAAUAUAGCAAAACUGUGUAAUUUGAGUUCUAAAAAUUUGUAUUUCAAUAAUUGAGGGUCUGCUGUACAAACAUGUUCAACAUGUUCCUUCAAAGUUUCUGCAUAUAAAAUUCAGAGAAGUAUACUAUUAUUGAACUGUGCUGAUUGUAGAAGUUAGUCUGGACGGGGAGCAGUUAUGCCAUGUUUGAUUUGCCACAGAAAUCAGAUCUGGAAAUGAGUUUUCAACCCAGUUUGGCUUGAACCAGCUGCAAGUCACGGAACUGUAUUUGGGAUAGCUACUUGUCGUAGUGCUAAUUACUAUAACCAAUAAAACCAAUGACAACAUAUAAUUUUCCCUUUUGUGCAAACAUUUAAGGAGCAUGGUCAGAUGUAAGGAUUGCAAAAUACUGUAUGUGCCGCUGGCUUACUGAGAUAUAAACUUCCACAGGUCCAAAUUAAGGGUUUAAUCCUGGUUUUCACAGCACAUUUUAUUUAUCUCUCACCGCCAACGCUAAAUUCAUUUCAGAUUUUGACUUCCAACCAAAGCAUUUUAUUUAUCCAAGUUAAAACUUGGACAAUCUGACCUCCAAAUGGAAUUGAAUGUACCAUCAGAACAUCCCACUGCUCAUCCAACUUCUAACUGAUUCACAAUGUGCAUAGUCUCAUGAAUCAGUCACAGUGGAUGUGGGAAGGUUGUCAUAUCAGUAUUGAGUGUGUUUCAUUUGCAAAUUGGAAAAAUCAGUGGGUUUCUUCUUUUUUUUUUUUUUUUUCUCAAUAGAUCGCACGGUACAUUGCUUGUUAUUGGUUUAUCAAGAUGCAAACAGCUGCUGCACAUGUGAAACUAGUGGGAGUUGGAAGUAUAAACUGUUUAUUUUCAUUUCUGACGGUUUGCAUCACAUUAAAACAACAGCACGCACAGCACUGUAAAAUGUAGAUUCGUAAACAAGUUUCCUUAUGAUUCGAGUCAGCUGGGAUUGCUAGCAGUACUUAGCGCCUCGGCAUUUAGCAGAUCCUGCUGGUUUUUACUGAAUAACAAAUAAAAUGCGCUCAAGUUCAACUGUGACAUCUGAUUCCCACGUAAAAUCAAACAGAAUAUCACAAAUCAACUAUUUUUUUUAAAUAAUAACGCUUAAAGAAGCUGCAAAAGUGUUUUAUUUUUUCCUUUCUUUGCCUUUAAGAUGCUUUUGAUUCUGCAGAAAAACACUUUUUUCAGAGAAGAUGUAUUUCAGGCUUCAAUCCUUGUUUUCUGUCAACUCACUUCGGUUUUUUUUUUUCUUUUAACUUUUACUCUGCUGCCUCCACAAUUUCCUCAUCCCAUUACCGCUACAUUAAACUUUUAUCCAUCCAUUCGCUCUCUCAAGGACCCUGUUGAGUUUAUGAAUGAUUGCUAAUCAAUUUGAGCCAGAUUUCCAAGAACACUCAUGUUUAUCUUUGUGUUUUUGCAGGUGCAGGAAAGAGGCAACGAGUUUCUAUGUUGAUGCUUAGCACAUAGUUAAGGAUAUUUUUAUACUUCCAGCUAAUCUAUAAUGCUAUAUAUUUAUAGGGUACAGUUUUAUUUAAAUCAAAGUUGUAAAAAGUUGUAUUUUGUAGCACAUGUAAAGUGAUACAACGCUGCUUCCUCUGGUGUUAGAUAAACAGUAAAUUAUCGUGCUCAGUUUUUCUUCUGAACAACUCAUGCAUGUCCAUACUGAAUCCUGAGUCUCUGCUGCUUCGUUUUGUUUAUUUGAAGUUUGAGUGAAGAAGUCAAUACGUGCAUUUUUUGAUCACUGGAUUUUCUGUUUAAAAAGCAAAAUAUCAAAUUAAAAUACACCCAGGUUUACAUUAACAUUUGCAUUUAGUAGAGUAUUUUGUCAUUUCAAAUGAAAACUAAACACCUACAUUUUCUUGUUUUUUAUUUUUUAUAUUUGUUACUGGUUCCUCACUAGAAUAUCCAGUUACUCAAAUAUGCACGCAGCACUGUGUGGAAAACUACAAUGCAAACUUAUAUCUUUGACUUAAGUCACUGUCAUUUAUUUAUACUUUAUGAUAUAUGUGGAAAUGCAAUGUUACUUGAUUUAUUUAAUGGCUUCCAUGAUCUGUGCUGUUUAUUAUUGUAUAUUUCAAAAAUGAUGUAAAAUCUCAUGUAAACACUGACCCCUUCCAUCCGUUUUUCUUCUAUUUGACAUAAAUCUGUAUUUCCUUUCA